CAGAUCGAUUGUUGUUGCUAGGAGACAGAAGCAUCCUGAGGCAAGGCACCAUCCCGAACGCCAGACGUGUGUGUUUGUCUACUACAGCAACGGCACUAUUUCUCUCUCUCCCUCCUCUGUUUCCCCCCCCCUCUCUCUCUCUCUCUCUCUCUCUCUCUCUCAUCCUCCGAUGAGUGAGGACAGUGUUGUCAGCCUCUCUGCUGCGCUUCCCGCGUGCGGACCCACAGUUACGGAGUUAAGGAACAGUUUAAAAUACGGCAAAGAAGAGGAAAUAUACAAGGCUGCCAACAAAAGGAAUAUUUAACAGAGCAGUUCAAAGGCUGAACCCAGUGCUGUGGAUCUCCAUGAGUAACCAGACAGAGCUCCCUGCUGCCCCUUCAUGCCUCUGUCAGUUCCUUGACGCCCACCUUUCACCCUCUAUCUCCCCACCUGACCGUAACACCUCCUCAAUCUUCUUCCCUUAAACGAUGUGGUCCGCGGUCCGUGCUCUGCUCCUGGUGAUGCUGGGUGCCGAGAUCCUGCUUUCCAGCGGAGACACUCCCCGCCGAGAAAUUAAGAUUGAUGGGGACCUGGUUCUGGGAGGCCUCUUCCCCAUCCAUGAGAAGGGCAUGGGCAUAGACGAAUGUGGUCGGAUCAACGAAGACCGUGGCAUCCAGCGGCUUGAGGCAAUGCUCUUUGCAAUAGAUCAGAUCAACCAGGACGUAGGUCUGCUGCCGGGCGUGGCUUUGGGCGUCCACAUCUUGGACACGUGCUCGAGGGACACCUACGCUCUGGAGCAGGCGCUGGAGUUCGUCAGGGCCUCGCUUACAAAAGUGGAUGAUACAGAGUUCAUCUGUCCCGAUGGUUCCUACGCACUUCAGGAAGACAGUCCGCUGGCCAUAACUGGUGUCAUUGGGGGAUCUUUUAGCAGCGUCUCUAUACAGGUUGCCAACUUGCUCCGGCUAUUUCAGAUCCCUCAGAUCAGCUACGCCAGCACCAGUGCCAAACUCAGCGACAAAACCCGCUACGACUAUUUUGCACGCACCGUCCCUCCAGACUUCUACCAGGCCAAGGCCAUGGCGGAAAUCCUGCGUGCCUUCAACUGGACCUAUGUUUCCACUGUUGCCUCCGAGGGUGACUACGGAGAGACCGGGAUCGAAGCCUUUGAGCAGCAAGCCCGUUUGAGAAACAUCUGCAUCGCUACGUCUGAAAAAGUGGGCCGAUCAAGCGCGAAACGGUCUUCUUACGAGGCAGUGAUUCGUCAGCUCCUACAGAAGCCCACAGCCCGUGUGGCCGUGCUUUUUCUGCGUAGCGACGACGCUCGAGAACUCAUCGCGGCCGCCGGACGCCUCAAUGCAUCUUUUCUCUGGGUAGCAAGCGAUGGCUGGGGGGCGCAAGAGAGCAUCGUCAAAGGGAACGAAUUCACGGCGGACGGGGCGAUCACGCUGGAGCUAGCGGCUCAUCCUUUACCAGAUUUCAACCACUACUUCCAGACCCUCACACCCCUUAAUAAUCAUCGCAACCCAUGGUUCAAAGACUUCUGGGAGCAAAAGUUUCAGUGCUCAUUGGGUUGGGUUUCGGCAGCAGGGGCGGGAACCCAAAAGCCACCUUGUGACCCAGAAUUGGCUGUGGACAGCUCAAAUUUUGAGCCAGAAUCAAAGAUUAUGUUUGUCGUAAAUGCUGUGUAUGCCAUGGCGCACGCCUUGCACCGCAUGCAACGUACUCUUUGCGCCAACACCACACGCUUGUGCGAUGCCAUGCGCAGUGUCGACGGCAGGAAACUCUACCGGGACUUUCUGCUUCACGUCAACUUUAGAGCUCCAUUUUCCCCUGUCGGCUUGGAGAAUCAAGUCAAAUUUGACGCAUAUGGUGACGGAAUGGGUCGCUACAACAUCUUCAACUACCAGAGAGUGCCAGGCAGUGACAAGUUCACUUAUGUCCAGAUCGGAGAGUGGGCCGAGAUUCUUUCCCUAAACGAGGGCUUGAUCGGCUGGCCGAGAGGAGCGGACGUACCCACGUCUCAGUGCAGCGACCCUUGCGCUCCUAAUGAGAUGAAGAAGAUGCAAGCGGGUGAAUAUUGCUGCUGGAUUUGCACUCCCUGCGAGCCCUAUGAAUACCUGCCAGACGAGUUCACAUGCAUGCCUUGCGCACCCGGCCAGUGGCCCCGUCCUGAUCUGAUCGGAUGCUACGACCUUCCUGAGGACUACAUCAUGUGGGAGGAUGCUUGGGCCAUCGGGCCCAUCUCAAUUGCAUGCGUUGGCUUCAUCUGUACCAUAAUGGUCUUCAUCGUUUUCAUUCGGCACAACGACACGCCGCUGGUCAAAGCGUCCGGUCGCGAGCUAUGUUACAUCCUGCUGCUUGGUGUCUUUAUGUCGUACGUCAUGACUUUCAUAUUCAUUGCGAAACCGUCACCUAUCGUGUGCACACUGCGGCGGUUAGGCCUCGGUACCUCGUUCGCAGUGUGCUACUCCGCCUUGCUCACGAAGACCAAUCGAAUCGCUCGCAUUUUCAGCGGUGUGAAGGAGGGCGGGGCUCAGCGACCACGCUUCAUCAGUCCCAGCUCACAGGUGUUCAUCUGUCUGUCGCUGAUCUCAGUGCAGCUCUUGUUAGUGUCCGUCUGGCUACUGCUGGAAGUUCCCGGUACGCGGCGGUUCACCACGCCGGAAAAACGUCAGACUGUCAUUUUGAAGUGUAACGUACGGGACUCUAGCAUGCUGCUCUCGCUAAGCUACAAUGUGGUUCUGGUGGUCCUCUGCACGGUCUAUGCCUUCAAGACCCGCAAAUGUCCGGAGAACUUCAAUGAGGCCAAGUUCAUCGGAUUCACCAUGUACACCACCUGCAUCAUCUGGCUGGCCUUUCUACCCAUCUUCUACGUCACCUCCAGUGACUACAGGGUCCAAACUACAACCAUGUGUAUAUCUGUCAGUCUGAGCGGAUUUGUGGUGCUGGGCUGCAUGUUUGCCCCCAAAGUCCACAUCAUCAUGUUCCAGCCUCAGAAGAAUGUCACCAGUCAUCGGUUAAACAUGAACCGGUUCAGUGUAAGCGGGCCGGCCACUAGCUACGCGUCACAUGCAUCGGUGAGCGCCAGCUUCGUUCCGACGGUGUGCAACGGAAGAGAGAUUGUUGACUCCACCACUUCCUCUCUGUGACCCCGCCCCCUCCUCCAAACUCCUGCUCCUUAGCGACUGUUAGCCAAUCAGCACACAUUGUGCUCUGCCCAAGAACUAGAUCUGCCUACAACGUGUAGAAAGUGUGUAUGAUUAUGAUUUAUUAUUAAAUUAUUUUUAGGGCUCGUUGUAAAUAUUAACUGACAUUGUUGUAGAGAAACAAAAGAACAAAAAAAUCCUUUAUAGAGAGAUUUUGGAAACCGUUGUUUUGAUAGCUUUAUUAUGUAUGUUGUAAACGGCCAUGAUGUGAUGACGUAAAACUCAAACCAGUUUUGAUUGGGCCACAGUAGAGACUGAGAGAAAUGGCUCCGCCUGCAAUACUGGAUACAAUUUGUGGUCGUUUUCUUUUGUAGGCCUCAUUGUAAUAAUAUAAACUGUAUGUAUUUCUAUGUUGUACAUUUUGUACAGAAUCUUAACCGAUGGUUUUAACAGCACACGACGACAGUAUUAAGCUGGUCAUGAGGGCCAAAGCAGGAAAACCAUCGAGUGAGCGCUCGCGUCUCAAAAUUCACGUCGUCUCAUUACAGGCAGUGGCUUGAUACCAGAGGUUACAACACCAUUUUAGUAAACUGUCAAGACAUCUGAAAACAUAUUACAUUAACUGCAUCUCAUAAGCAUUACGGUGAGAUGGCUGUGAUGCAUGUUUAUGUUGCAGAACAGAUAUGCAGUCUCCUAAUAUAUGUUUACACUGCCUGUGACGAGUAGCCUUCAGGGAUGGGAAGUCUGGAAGAUGAGCAUAUGAGGUAAAGUGAAUCUUACAAAGUUGACACUUACCUCUAUUCUAUCAUCAUGGUGCUGUUGUUGUCCUGCACUUUUUGAUUGGAUUGUUCAAAAAAGUUGAUUUGCCAAAAAAAAAGCCCCUUAAACCGACUUGUGACAAACCAGGAAACAGUACUGUCAAAGGGUAGCCUGAUUUCAUUAUACUCAUUUUCUAGUCAGAAUGUGAGCCUGAUAUUCCUCCACAGGGCUUUAUGAGGUAGGUCUAUAGUCAAGACCACCUUUGUCGAGUCCAAGACCAGGACUAGUCGAGUCCAAGUAAAGACCAAGUCCAACGUGGUUUGAGUCCAAGACAAGACCGAGUCCAAAAAGGUUCGAGGCUGAGUCAAGACCGAGUCCAGGACAGGAAAAAAAAAAAGUUUUCAUUUAGUUAUCGUCUCGUUUUCGUCUGUGAAAAAAAGGAAAAAUGUCAUUAAGCCAUUUGUGAUGGUAACUAUAGUUACAGCAUGAGAAGAUGCGCUCUGUUGUAGUGAGCUCUUGGUAGGUUAAUUUUGGCAUUUUCUAAGCAAGUUAACGUUACCCUAGUAGGCUAGUAAUAAAUGAACACACAUACAAAAAUGACUUUCGUUCUGUAUGCAUUCCUGGAGAAUAUUUCUGUUUGACCUAAACACAUUUUCUACAGUCAAUUUAAAACUGAAGAAAUCAUCACUAAUGUCAGAUAACAUUAACGUUACCCAAAUGAACCACCUUUAACGCAAAUAUGACACACACCCACACAGCUACUGUAGCUACUACCACCAUACGUAAUCGAACAUAUAACUUUAUGACGGCUCAUGCAAAGUUUACUUAACCCUAACGUUAACAUGAGCAUUCAUUCAUAAAAAGCCUGAGCGCAACCACAAACUUAAUACAAACACGACGAUAAUCAAUCAUUAAUAGGCCUACCGUAAUCGUUUGAUUUCUUUUACCCUAUGAAACAAGUAAUUCCAGACGUAAGUUAUGAUAACUUUGUCCAAGAACAUUAACUUUAUCUUUUACUAUGUUAGCUACAGUAAUGUCAACGUUAACACAUACUGUAGUUCAGGCUAAGCAGCUCCAGCUCUGCAGUUAACUUACCGCAAUGUAUGAUUCCUCUGCAGGUGUCUCACGAAGUUUGACGUUGUCCCACAGGUUUCCGAAAUUUUUGUUUUGCGUUUCUUUUUCAGCGCAGCGCUGAGAAAUUCCUGGUGAUUUUUAAAACCAAAUUUGAUGACGGCAGAAUUGGCGGAAUCUUCAUUUGUUGUGUGGAUCAAUGAAAAUUAACAGGCAUGCAGAGGCAGAGCGUGACAUGUGAAGAUAAUCUAGUAUGUGAUUGGUUAUUAGGUGGCCAGCGUUUCCUUUUUCCUUCAAUAUUAUAAACAUAAUAGAAAGACACCUGGACUCGGUCGAGACCAAAAACAAUAUUUGGCAAGACCAGUUGCCGAGGCAAGUCCGAGUCCGAAUACCUGCGAGUCCGAGACCAUAGAAAAACGGUCUUGAGUCCGGACUCGAGUACUACAGCCCUAUUAUGAGGCGUGUCUUAACCAAAACAGGAAGAAAAAAACAACAACUCUGCACUCAAUUGAAUAGACCUACAACCAAUCAGAGCAACGCAGUAAGUGUCAUCUGUCUAUCAUUGUAUAAAGCCCGCCCUUUGCUGGGGCGGGGUUCGGACUGCAAACAAAUGGCAAACAAUAGGUUAAUGUCUCUCCAAAAACUGUUUUCAAAACCACAAAAACAUAAACUGUGAUUUAUUUGAAAAUACAAAUAUUUUGAUCAAAAAUACAGUAAAAAGAGCAAUAAUUUGCAAUUAUUAUAAUUUAAAAGAACUGUUUUGAAUGUAAUUUCUUUUUGUACUGGCAAAUCAAAAUUAUUCCAGUCUUCAGUGCCACAUGAAUCUUCAAAAAUCAUUCUAAUAUAUUGCUUUAGAAAUAUGUCAUAUUAUUAUGUUGGUCUGGCACCGGCACCCUUUCAGUGGAAAAAUAGAUUAUCGGUUACGUUUCUGACGUGGGAAAUGCUUUGUGAUGCAGUGAAUGUAAAAUGUAUUCUGUUGUUCAAUAUCGGCUUGUUGUGCCUUAUCAUUUGUCCUAUAGUUUUAAUACGAGAGGUUCAGAGCCUUUUGGUGAGGGGGAACCGGGCCAUUUUUUUACAGACAUCUUUUUUUACUUUUCAGAAGUUUUAUACAUUUCUAUGUUUUUCGGUUGUUUCGUUUGGAGGAAACAGGGACGCUCGGGUUCUUCGAUAAGCUGACGAUUUUUGGAGCACUAAAAUGUUAAAAGUUUUAAUGUUUUUAGCUCGCGACCAUCACUUGGCCUCAAGGGAUUCUGUAAAAUAUCACGUUACCUAAUGCAAGUGUUAAACUGUAUCAUGUACUCUAAGGAUCAUCCAUUCUUAGCCCGUCAUGAAGAGAUAUAGUAAACAAAUGUGUAACAGUAACCUAGAAAUGCUAUACUCUCAACAUUCAUAAUUCAUUAGUAUUGCAGCGAAGGAAAUCAUUUGUGUGUCAGUUAACAGUACCGCGAGGGAAACAUGCACAGAAGGAGCGAUAAAAUCAGAUAAAAGAAAAACAGCCAAUCGGUGACCGAUUUAGUCUUCCAACACACAUACAAUCCAUUGGACUAGCAUUGAAGUAGGAAUUAAAGCCAUAUCUAUAUGAAUAAAAAUAGUUAUGGACUACCCAGACAGCAAAGGCUUGGAAACCAGCCAAAACACCCUAGUAAUACGUUAAACAACAAUCAGACCACCUUAGCAACUGUAUAGCAAUGCCCUGGAAACUGAUCAGAAUAUCCUAGCAACUGCAGAGUAAUGAUAAAAAAAAACACUCAGAACACCCUUGCAUCUGCACAGUACCAUGAGUUAAACACAGCUGCUUAGCAACAUGAUAAAACACGACUUAGAACACCUUAGCAACUGCAUAACAACACCCUGGAAAUCACCAACAACCUAGCACAAUGACAUUUUACAAACCACCCAGAACACACAUGAACCUACAUAGUAAGUAACAUGUUAAAAAAAAAAAAAAAAAAACACUUUCGACAUAUUAGCAAAUGCAUAGCAACACCCUGGCAACCACGUUAAACACCCUUGCACAAUUACAUUCAAUACACAUUCCAAAAAACUUCGUAAGUAACAUACUAAAACACCUGAGUAACUGCAUAGCAACACCUGGAAAUCACUUCCAAUAUCCUAGCAACACCCUAGCACAAUGACUUCCUAAAAAAAACACCCAGAACACCCAUGAAACUGCAUAGUAAGUAACAUGCUAAAAGUAACACUUAGAACACAUUAGCAACCACAUAGCAACACCAUAGCACAAUGACAUUCUAAAAAC